ACGUGGACACCUUGAAAAGAAGAAGAAGAUACCAUCAACGUUUCGCAUCAUCAGCCAAAACAUCGCUCCUUCAAUUUUUAUUUCUGUUUGAUAAGUUAUACAAAUUACAAUUACUGUUCAAGUCAAGUUGUAACCAAUAUCAUCUUCAAGAUGGCUAGGUCUAAAUCCACAAACACCUGGGACAGGCAAAAUUGGGAAGAUUCGGAUUUUCCCAUCUUGUGCCAAACGUGUCUGGGUGACAACCCUUACACUCGCAUGACUCGAGACCGGUAUGGGAAGGAAUGCAAAAUCUGUACUCGGCCUUUCACUGUUUUUCGCUUGUGUCCUGGAGCCAGGAUGAGAGUCAAGAAGACAGAAGUGUGUCAGACAUGUUCAAAGUUGAAGAACGUGUGUCAAACAUGUUUGCUGGAUCUUGAGUAUGGAUUACCUACACAAGUACGAGAUGAGGCUCUGAGCUUGCAAGAUGACCUACCUAAAAGCGACGUCAACAAGGAGUAUUACAUCCAGAACAUGGAGCGCCAAAUGGCCACUACCUCAGAUGGCUCGACUGCUGCAGGUGCGCUUGGCAAAGCCAAGGCUCCCUCCGAGAUGCUCAUGAGACUUGCAAGAACUACGCCAUAUUACAAGAGGAAUCGCCCGCACAUAUGCUCCUUCUGGGUCAAGGGAGAGUGCAAGCGUGGUGAAGAAUGUCCAUAUCGGCAUGAGAAGCCCACAGAUCCUGAUGAUCCACUUGCUGAUCAAAACAUCAAGGAUCGUUACUACGGGGUUAAUGAUCCCGUGGCAGAUAAGCUCCUUAAGAAAGCAGAGGCAAUGCCACAGAUUGAUCCUCCUAAAGAUAAGAUCCUCCAAACUUCUUUCUAAGCCAACAUGUGGCCCUAGCAGUGCCACAAUGACUCCUGCGGAGUCCAUUCCAUAUGCUGGUGACACAUAAUAAAAUGGAAUAUUGUUUCUUGAUUGAGUUGCACCAGUUUUUUAUGUAAAAAAUAUGGCCCUUA